GCCGUCCACGCCAGGGACCCCCGCUUCCUUGUGGACUACGCCAGGAACCUGGAAGCUUUUGAAUUUGCUCUCUGCAGCUCCGAGGAUCCUGUCACCGUCGAGGUCCCUCUGCGGAUCGACGGCAAUGCUCUGCGGGUGCUGCUUUGCCGGCCUGAGGACACCCCAGCUGGGCACUGCCCAGGGCUGGGCACCUGCUAUCUGGAAGUGCCCUCUCCAGGGACCGACUUGGAGGACUGGACCGGCGCCGGGGGUGGGAUGGAGCAGGGAGGUUGUGCAGGGUGCCUGAUUCCAGGCAAAGUCCUCCAGCACCUGAAAGAGCUCCUUGUUUCGGCCAUCGUGAGCUGCCAACGCCUCUUCCUGCUUCAGCCAGGUGACCUCAGCGCCGAAAAUCUGCAGGAAGAUGCCACAGAGCUCUCCUUGCUGAUCCGUGGUGGCUGGAAGACCAUACGCUUUGACAUCGUUCCCGUGGUGAGGAGGCAGCAGGAGCCGCUCCGGCUCGAGGGACGGCAGAACGAUGCGGGUUUUCCUGAAGGCAGGCUCCGGAAGGCCACGGAAGAGGCUCACUUCAUCCCUGCCUCUCCCCAUUGCUGGAGAUCCUCCACCCACCUCCCCAUCCUGAAGCUGAUCUGGGCAGUGGACACGCUGAAGGGACCGCGUUUGGACAGCCUUCGCCUGCUCGACCAGCUCCGCAGCCAGGACUGGGGAGUGGAGCAGGGCAAAGGCGGGCUCACAUGCAACCACCUGAAGAUGGUGCUGCUGUGGGGCACGGAGCUCUUCCCCUCCCCGGAGGACUGGCAGGACCUGGAGGGUUCUGUCUACAGGCUCCUGGUGAUCCUCCUCCGCUUGCCCCACUUCCUAUGCCCUGGGGAGAACCUCUUCCAAGGAGAGUUUCCACACCUCGCCUCCCUCUACCAUAAAGUGGAGAGCUUUGCCCAGGACCCCCGACACUUCCUCCGCUUCCAUUUUGGCCUCGCUGUGCGCACCGACAGCUCGCAGGCAGACCCCAGCACCCAAACCCUCCUGCAUCUCCCCGACAAGGAUGGGUCCUACUGGAACACGGCUUACUUUGACAUCCUGCUCAGACAGUUCCAGGUGUACCGGAUCCAGGACGGUGCGCGCCGCUCGGCAAUGUCCCAGCUCCUCUCCAAAAUCCGUCGAGAAAUC